AUGUCCACAACAAAUCAAUCAAGUACAAAUACAUCAGAACCAAAACAAACAGAAGAAGAACAAAAAAUAGUAAAAUCAUUAGAAGAAGAUGAUGAAUUUGAAGAUUUUCCAGAUGAUGAUACUCAAUGGAAUAAUAAUAAUAAUAAGCAAGAUUCAAAAUUAAAAGAAGAAAAUCUUUGGGAACAAGAUUGGGAUGAUGAUGAUAAUCAAGAUCAAUUUUCUCAAAAAUUAAAAGAAGAAAUUUUAAAAUCUCAAAAACCAACUAAUUAA